AUGACCAACUUUCUUCUCGUCACAUUACUCGUCCAAGCUGCCUCCGUUGUGGCCAUACCCCAGGCCGGACACGCCAAAUUGACUAGUCGGCAGAGUGUAGAUUGCACUUACAGUGUAGCCGCAGGAGCUGGUGCUACAUGUGGCUCUAUAGCAGGCGCGUUGGAAUCACCUGCCAGUGUAAAAUCAGUCAGCAUGACCACAUCGACGUCCACUAAGUCAUCGACAACCAAGGCCCCCACAUCUGAUCUCCAUUCACCAUCACAGUUGGGCUUUGCUAAGAAUUGCAACAAAUUCUACAAGUUCACGGGUGGGUACACUUGCAACAAGAUAACAUCGCAAUCUUCCAUCUCUUUAGAUCAGUUCCUGCGACAACCUCCUGGUCGACUGCUGGGUCUGCGUUGGUGUCCCCGGCGCCGUGACAGUGCCAUCACCAUCACCUUCAUGCCCGGGGCCAUCUCCACCUGCAAGAAAUUCCACCUCGUCAAAUCGGGCGGCACAUGUGGGAAGAUCGAAGCACAGUGUGGAAUCACGCUGGCUACUUUCCGCAAGUGGAACACGACGGUCAACGCGGACUGCACCGACCUCUUCCUCGGCUAUUAUGUCUGCGUUGGUGUGUGA